GCUCUGCUAUGCUGAGAAAGCGCCGCCUGUGGCCUUUAUUAGCUUUCAGUGACAGGAGCAGCAGCACAGCGACUGCCUCCAUCACCUGGAUACAGAACAGGGGGCCUCCCCACUUUGUGCUGUACAAGCAGUGCGGGCGAAAGCUCGAAGAUCGCUUUUGUGGAAGGUGCCAUAGCUGUGAGCCAGGCUGCAUUACCGUUUCAUCACCAUGGCAGUGUGGGGGCAGUGCCCAAGGGGGCACCCUGAUCUCCUCCGCUUCUAGUGGGAUCCCCUUCCAAAGUGACUGUACCCCCGUCCUACACCCAGUAACAUGCCUCAGAGAAGCGCACAGAGCUGGCAGCAGCAGCCAAUGCAAGUGAGCCCCAGGAGUGUGAUCCUCAGUUGCCGGGAGGUUGACAGGAGAGCGGCCCUCCUUUUCCAGCUGGUGCCCAGCUUUUGACUCUCACCCCCUCUUACCCCAGCACCGCCGCUUCAUCUCUUGCCUCCAGCACCUGAUUAUGGAGUCCGUGGGCAAGUUUGAGUUCAGCCGGAAGGAUCUGAUCGGCCACGGAGCCUUUGCUGUUGUUUUUAAAGGCAGACAUAAGGAGAAGCAGGAUUUGGAAGUAGCAGUGAAAUGCAUCAACAAGAAAAACUUGGCAAAAUCUCAGACUCUUCUAGGAAAGGAAAUAAAGAUCCUGAAGGAGCUGAAACAUGAAAAUAUUGUGACCCUUUAUGAUUUUCAGGAAUUAGCUAAUUCAGUCUAUCUAGUUAUGGAGUAUUGCAAUGGCGGAGAUCUGGCAGAUUACCUUCACACCAUGCGGACACUUAGCGAGGACACCAUCCGGCUUUUCCUCCAGCAGAUAGCAGGAGCCAUGAAGAUGCUGCACAGCAAGGGGAUCAUUCACCGUGAUCUGAAACCCCAGAACAUACUCCUAUCUUGUUCUGAGGGGCGCAAGUCCAACCCCAACAAUAUUCGCAUAAAGAUCGCUGAUUUUGGCUUUGCACGAUAUCUGCAGAACAAUAUGAUGGCAGCCACUCUUUGUGGGUCUCCGAUGUACAUGGCGCCAGAAGUCAUAAUGUCCCAGCACUAUGAUGCCAAGGCAGACCUGUGGAGCAUUGGCACCAUCAUAUACCAGUGCCUGACGGGCAAGGCACCUUUCCAGGCCAGCAGCCCUCAAGAUCUCCGUCUGUUCUAUGAGAAAAACAAGAACCUGACGCCCAACAUCCCCAGAGAAACAUCAUGCCAUUUGAAACAGCUGCUAUUGGGUCUCCUGCAGCGCAAUCAAAAGGAUCGAAUGGAGUUUGAUGAAUUUUUCCAUCAUCAAUUUCUAGAUGCAGGCUCCUCUAUGAAGAAAUCUGUGCCUGUGCCAAUGCCGUCAUAUCCAAGCUCAGGAUCUGGAAGCUCUUGUAGUAGCUCCUCCACAUCACAUCUGGCUUCAACCCCUCAGUCCCUGGGAGAAAUGCAGCAAAUACAAGGGAAAAAACUGGUGUCUCCUAUACCUGACUCUCCAGGGUUUCUUCAAGGUUCCAAGGAGUCUGCUGAAAGCAGCAGCAAAAAUUCUUCAUGCGACACUGAUGACUUUGUAAUGGUGCCCGCCCAGUUUCCGAAUAUGCCAGGUGAUCUUGCUUGUGAUGGCAUUACAAGCAAACCUAUCCAGGAUACAUUAAUGUACAGCGGAUCGCUGCUAACAUCCACAGGCCUAGAGAGUCGCGCUCGAACACCAUCACCAACUCCUGCAUAUAGCUGUUCUCCUGGCCCUUCCAGACUAGCCCAGCCUUCAAGCAGUAGAUAUGGACAGUCAGUCCCCAUUCCUGUUCCAACACAGAUCCAUAAUUACCGACGUAUAGAGCAGAAUCUGCAAUCUCCAAACCAGUUCACACCACCUAGAACUGGCAUGGUGCACAAGUCUAGUAGCACAAGCCCAGUGAGUUUCAUGAAAGUGGGCACAUCACCUCCUUCCCACAUGGAGAGCACGUCUGCCCCCACACCAAGGAGGCUUUCAUUUGGUGGGGCAAAACCAAACACACCCUCCCCACAAGUGGGAGCUAUCCCAGAGCAGCCAGGCCAAAGCAUCACUAUAAGCCCAGCAGGAACUGAGACCCAGAACAGAAGUCCCGUCUAUGCAGGUAUUCCUGUACCUGAACAGAGCUCCUGUGGAAUGGGAUCUCGACUCCACAGUGCCCCAAACUUGUCAGACAUGCAAUCCUGUGGACAAAAAAUCAAGAAACAGUAUUCUGAUCCUGUGAUGCCCCAGGAUGCUCUGCCCCAGCCCAGUCAGCCACAGCAGAUCAACAGCCUGCAGCCAACCCGUCCUCUUAGAUCCUCCCCAAAGUUAUCUGACUUCAUGCAGAGAAGUCCUCUUCCUACUAUAUUAGGCUCACCCACAAAGAGCAUAUCGCCAUUUGAGUUCUCACGGGGUCCUAGCUCUCAAAAUCUGCUGGCUCUCCUCACUCACCAGGGAGUGAUGAUCCCUCCCACCAGAAAUAAGACUCUCCCUGAUCUAAAGAACAUGGGUCAUUUUCACUGCCAGCAAAACAAUUUAGGCCUGCGUCCUGUAGCAGAAGUGAAAGGACCAUUUGGCAGGUCCUUAAGUACUGGAAAACUGACAGAUCUGUUGCUUAAGGCUGCAUUUGGGACUCAGGCUGAGAUUGGAAGCAACGAUAGCCUCAACGCAGAGAAACCCAUGGAAAUCGCAGCUCCCUUAAUUGGCUUUGGAGGAAAUUUGGCAAGUGGUGCACAGGCAGGGUGUUCUACUAGCCCAGCUCCUGUCAUUUUUACUGUUGGUUCACCUCCAGAUGGAACAACCACUCCCCAUGCAAGAACCCGGCUUUUCUCUGUGGGAUCUUCCAGCUCUCAGAGCUCAGCAGGCUCUUUUACUGGAAGGCAUCUUUUGGUUGGAGCAGGAGGACAAGCCUUUGAAUCACCAUCCAGCCUCGGGUGCACCUAUCCUGAUUCUGGGACUGCUAAUGCUGAGGGUCUUGUAAUGUUUGAGGUGCCUGAACUGCCUGAGGAAACUCUUAUGGAGCAGGAGCACACAGACACCUUGCGCAGUCUCCGCUUCACAUUGGUCUUUGCCCAUUCUGUUAUGGAGAUUGCAUCUCUCAAAGGAACCACUGCCGAUGUGGGUGCAUCAGUGAUGUCUGAAUAUCAGAUGCAAGAAAGUGUUGUGGCCGAUCAGAUCAGCCUCCUGAGUAGGGAGUGGAGUUAUGCGGAACAGCUUGUUCUCUAUCUGAAGGCUGCUGAGCUUUUGUCAUCUGGAUUACAGACAGCCAUGGAACAGAUCCGAACUGGAAAGCUAUGCCUCUCCUCCACUGUUCGGCAAGUGGUGAAGAAGCUGAAUGAGCUGUACAAAUCCAGCGUAUCUUCCUGUCACUGCCUGAAUGGAAGGCUCCAGAGGUUCUUUGCUGACAAACAAAAGCUUAUGGAUCGGAUAAACAGUAUCACAGCGGAGAAACUCAUCUUUAGCUAUGCUGUGCAAAUGGUACAAACUGCAGCCCUGGAUGAGAUGUUCCAUCAUCGGGAGGACUGCGUGCAGAGGUAUCACACAGCUUUGCUGCUGAUGGAUGGAUUACUAAACUUCAUGACCGAUCAGAGUGAUAUCGAGAACAUUAGCAAAUGUAAGCUGUGCAUUGAACGAAGACUGUGUGGCCUGCAGGGCAGUAUUUGUGCAUGAGCCUAUCUUCAUUCUCCAAUCUCACCUGUCAGUCUGACGCCAGCUGAGUUCUACUAGGUAUUGGAUGCAUUUGCCAGUGUUAUCAAAUACCUUCGACAUUAAGGAGACAUCUAUGUUUCUUUUCUAUUUUUUGAACAUUUGCCAAGAUAUCGAAGAAGGCCAAGGAAAAUAUUUAUUCUUUAUACAACUGUAUUGCACCUUGUUCCUUUAGUCCUUAUCACCCUCACCAUAGCAGUAUGCUCAUCUUUGCCUCUCCCUCUGGCAUAGAACAACCAUAAUCAGUGCAGCGGUCUAAAGACCUGGCAAUCUGAACUGUAAUGCAGUGCUGCUCAUUUCAGAAUCCUUGGACUCCAGCUCUUACAUGCCGCCGCUUUUGAAAAUUAGAACUGCUGGUGAGUGGUAGGAAAAAGCCUUAGGAAACCAAGUUUCCACUUAAAAUGAAGUCAAGACCUUAUAGUUCUUUACAAAAGACGAAGUAUAAAUAGACCAGGAGCAAUAGAAGUACUGACAAAACUGUUAAUAUGUUAGAAAGAGCCUUGAAAAACAAGACACAGGAAUGCAGCUGGUUUGCAGUGUACUUUGUAAUUCCCGCUCUGUGAUGCAGAUUUUGCAAUGUUAAUGUGAUCUGGAUGUUGGUCAGAUCUUCAAUUUUAAAUGAUAAUCUCAGCAAGAAUGACAUUAAGGCUUUGUUUGCACAAGACUGUACAAGCCUGAUAUGAUGGCUUACACUCUCUCUUUCAUUGGACUAUUAAUAGCCGUUGAAUGUUAGGGUCAAUAUUUUUGUGAACUUGUGAAGACAACCACAUCUUUCAGGCAAGACUGCAAGGAAUGGAUGCAUACUGACCGACAGGAAUACAAGAUACAUAAAGGAGCACUCCAUCAGAGGUCUCCUUACAAUGCUCUUGGAUGUAUAAAAAGUCCACUCUAACUAAAGAAUAUUGUGCUGCCCAGAUCUCACUACUGCUUCAGAGACUGGACCUAUUCCAGACAAUUACUGCUUCAGUCUGUUUGUUAAGCAUUUUGGAAGUUGUUCAACCAGUAAGCCAUCUUUGAGCAUUAUCCCUGUGAUUAAUAGUAGCUGCAUUAAUACUUAUGAUGUGUUGAGAGACCUAAUGUCGCAUUGGGCACAUGGACAACAAAGGGUUACACUGAUUAAAGAGCUCAGUGUAGAUCUAUUCUGUUGCAUGGUCACUUGAAAAGAAGAAAAAACAAAUCACAAUUUUAAGUUGCACUUUAUUCACUUCUUUAGAUGGUCUGUAAAACAAUGAAAACAGUCAUCACUAAAUAUAUGGAAAAGGAACAUUUUAUAUUGAAGAUUGUUUACUGAGCUAUUACUUUGGAUUCCCUAUCAGCUUUUGAGCCAAGCCUCUAAUGCGCUUCACAAGAUCACUCAAGGCUAUUUCCCAGUCCACUUUAAUUUUAAUACAAUAUUAACUGUGUACAUAUGCCAUUGUAUAUACAACUAUAUAUGUAUAUAAUGUAUAGUUAGUCAAAUUGUAAAUUGAUGCUUUGCUAAAACAAUACGUUUUGUCUGCACCAUGUCCUUUGCCUUGUCUUCCCAGCAAGCAGUGGCACGGCUCUCGCUGAUCCUCUUCACAUGGCAGUUGUUUUUUUAUUAUUAUUAUGCUUAUCUGCCUCUUUCCUUAAGUGCACCAAUUUAAUUGCAGCCUGCAGAUUGGACGUGUGCUAGCAUUUCUUAAUAGCAAAAGGACUCUUUAGUGCCUACGGGCCGCAACACUGGAACCGCAACAACAUGCAUCAGAGAUAUCUUCCAGUCCUCAAGUUAUUUCAUAUAAUGAAUAAUGUUCAUAUAAUGGGUCUUGACAAAUGCAGUAUAGAGUAAUUGGGAAGAUACAUGUGACUAUACAGGCAGCAGACAGGGCAUUUUUAUUCAAUCAACUGUUUCAGUGUUUUCAGUCCACUAUCACUGGUACAUUUCAGUUAGACAUUUUCCUUCCUCCAGAACAUGAAGCAGUUUGUUGCUGCUUGAUUACAGGCCCAGGGAACACACUAAAGCUGAACCACUGGGAAUGGCAGGUUAGAUAUGCAUCUGAGUGUAGCUGUUAUAUAAGAAAGACUUGGCUCAAUGUUUUAAAGUAUUACUCCAUAAACCAUGGUUUACAGGUCUUUUUAAGCAGCUGCUCAUGUUCAAAGUGUAAAUAUUUGCACUACCUAAUACAUAAGCAUGAUUAGCAAUCAAAAUGCACACAGUGAUUGAUUUUUGUCAUGUUAUCUCUUUAUUGAGUAUUACACAAGUACAGUACAUAAGAUUAUGUGCUGGAAAUACAGGCACAAGUCCUUCAGUACUAUUGCAAAUUGAGUGUAAUGCUCUGUACAAGUUCUUGCUUAUGUAGGAUGCUCUGAAUAUGAACAGCUGGUUAAACCUUUAGGGUAAGUCCACACAGGGCGUUUUGGGGCAAUUUGGUCGCCUGGCGACUAAUUGCCUCGUUUUUGCGGCGACCAUUCUCCCCAAACGCCUUCCCUGUUCCUGCGCCGGCUAAAAUGAAAAAAACGCCGGCACUAAUCACACGUGGCAAUUAAUUUUCCGAAGUGAGGCAACUCGUGAGGCAACUUUGGAAAACGAACUGCCGCGUGUGAUUAGCGACGGCGUUUUUUCAUUUUAGCCGGCGCAGGACCAGGUAAGGCGUUUGGGGAGAUUGGUCGCCACAAAAACGAGGCGAUUAGUUGCCAGGCGACCGAAUCUCACCAAAACGCCCUGUGUGGACUUACCCUUAAAGUUUGUUUCUCAAUACUUGAAAUAUUAUUUACUGUGGGGUUUUUUGGGGUCAAUUAGCUGUUAACCCCAUUGAUGUCAAGAAGGUAUCUCAAUGCAUGCAUUGAAAGGCUUUGGGUAACUAAGGGGUUGAACAUUUUAACAUUUUGUUUGCCAUCAGUGUGCAUUUGUAUCGCUUUUCUAAGUUGUACAUAACAUUUCUGAGACAGUAUGGUAUUUAUUAAGUGGUAGCCAAAAAUACACAGGAAAAAAAAUCACAAAAAAUUGUAAAAAAAAAAAAAAAAAAAGUGUCCUUUUAAUCCCCUUGCUAGAAGAGACCAACUGAGUACUGCAGAUGCCUUGCUCUUUUGGAAUCUGCUAUGUACUGGGCUUGCUAAGGUUAAUCAAAAGGUUUGUAUGUGUAAGUGUGCAUGGUGUAAGUAUCCCUGUUAUGCAGAAUGGUUCAAAAGACAAGAUCUAGAAAUACAUUUACUAUCUACUUUAGCCCUGGCAGAGGGCUUAAGUAGAUAUCCCUCAGAUGACAGUAUAAGCUAUUGCACUGUCAGACCUUUCCAAGCACCUCCCUGCCUCCCUGUGCCUAUAAUAACAGAGAACAAAUGUUACUUUACGUAGGACUUGCGCAUACUGUGUAUGUUCUGUGUGGCCCUUGAAAUCCAAAUUUGGGGUGUUAAAGUACUGCAUUGCAGUUUGUGUGCAGCAAAGUCCUGGUUUAUGAAAGAACUUCACUUGGAAAUAGCAUAGACAAACAUAUAGUUAUAGAGUACGGAAACACAAAGCAUAGAUGAACUAAAAAUAUGUAUGUCUCCUCCCUCUGCAAUACUACAAUCUUAUAAUUUCUUAUUUUUCUUUUUUCAUUUUUGCAUACUACACAUAAAAAACUAUUUUUAAAACGGCCAAAUAGAGUCCAAUACUGAAUAAAAGGCUAGAUCUAGGGCCUGCUGACUUGUGGGUUGACUGAUGGCCUACCUCUCACAGGGAAACAGCUGAUCAUAUUUUCAGUUGGAUGCAUAGUUUGAUCCAAUGGGAAUGCGAGAUAGUCUGUCAGCCCAUAUUCAAUGCAUUGAAAAAAAAAAAAGAGAGAGAAUAGCCCUAAGAUCUUACCCUGUGUAAUGACUUCAAACUUUGGAGUCAAUUUUAUUCUUUAAUAUAAUUGAAUAUUUAAGAUUGUCGCUAUGGAUCAUACAAUCAUAAAACAUGACAAACAUUGUACAGUUAUAUUCAUAUAUACAUAAUGAAAAGAGUCCCAGCAGUUGGAUCUGUUUUAGGAUUUAACAAAACUUGCCUGUUUCUGGAAAAUAGAAAAUUAUCGGACACUGAUAAAACUGACAACAAAAUGUUUUAAGUGAACUAUUAAAAUGGCGGAUGUGUUAUAA